UACUCCUUAGUCAAGCACUUCAAAAACCAAAGGCUCUGACUAUUCCAUCAACUCUUUAUAUACUUUUUUAUUCAAUUUGACAACCUCGUUCGGUUCGGUUCACAUUUUGUUUACUAACAAUUUUUCGGUAUUGGUCCACAUUUGUCAGGUGAAACUGCCACUAAAUUCGAGCACUUUUAAACAACUGACAUCCUUUCAAUAAAAUGACGUUUACGUACAAGGAACUAAUUGACGUGGCCAUUGGCUCCCCGGAAUCGGGACAUGUCAACUUUUACGCUUUGCAUGUGCUGCUCACGUGUUUUGCCCAGCGAUUGGAGGUCCUAGAUGAGGUCGUCGAACAAGAGGACUACAUGGUUGCCAAUGUCCGCAUGCAAAGCAGUUUAUUGACUUUGGGAAACACCUCCAAGUUCCGCCUGUUUGCUGGUGCGGAUGCUGAGGAAGGAGCAGCCGCUGAGCCGGCAAGUGAGGCUGCAGCCGAGGAGGCAGCUCCCCCAUCAACUCCGCCCGCGGAAGAGGCUCCUGUUCCGGCGACUCCUGCGGCAGAGGAAGCUGCGGCUCCGGAGGAAGCUGCGGCUCCAGAGGAACCAGCUCCCGAGGAACCUGCUCCCGUAGAAACUGUCGCAGCCACGCCAGAAGUAGUGCCCACGCAUGAACCAACUCCAGCGCCAACACCUGCCCCCGAGGAACCGGUGGCACCCUCAGCCGGUGCAGAAACCCCAAAGGUACCUACAGAGACGCCACCGGAGCCCAAGAUCGAGGAGCUCGGUCCGCCAGCAUCAAGGGUGUCCUCGCGAUCCUCCACUCGCGACAAGGCACGACAAGAUGGUUCGCUGACCAACAAUCUCACGCGUCUCGAAAGACGUUUGUCCAAAAUGGAAUUGCACAGGGAACAGACCACCAUAGAGAUGAAUCAGUUCGUAAGCAAUCUCACUGGACAACUAAAAAUCACCAUGGAGCAGGUGAACAAUGUGACCCACAUGCUGAUCGAUCGGAAACCGAAUCCGCAUAGGGUAAAAGUACUGCGUGACAUAGCCAAACAGAUGAGGGUGCUGAUGGGAACCACAGGCGAUGAGGUUUCAGUUAGUUGGUCCAGUGGCGAAAUCGUUGAAGCCGAAGGGGAGGAGCUUUCCCUGGAGGAGGUGGCCGAGGAGUCCUCCGCACCCACAGAAGUGGAGAAACCCGAGGAGGAAGAGGAAUUGGGUCUAGAACAGCAACUUUGUUAUACACCCGAAAAAAUGCUAAAUGAGUUACUGGAUCUUAAGUCCCAAUUCUGUGGUUUGACCAACAAAGUCAAUGAAUUGGCAGCAGCACUCAUGAAGCAGGACUCCCAAAGACUCAUGGAUAUGAUGAGGGAUCUGUCCGAAACAGUGCGCGAAAUAAAGCUCUAUAUGGCCAGUAAUAAGGAGGCAACUAGCAGUAUGAUGACACGUCUUAAUGAAUGCGUAAAUCAAAUACAAGUGUUGAAAAAGUCUGCUGCCCACUUGGAUGAGGUGAAGAUGGACAAGACAGAGGUGGAACUUUUACUGGCCGAAAAGGUGGACUUCCAGCAGCUGGCCACCAAAGUGUCGCUGGAGCAACUCGAGGAAUAUAAGGCCAGAUUGGAGCAGAUGUUCUGCGAAGUGCGUCAUAUUGUAAGCUUAAAUGAGAAGAAUGUCCUGCAGAUAAUCGACAAUCUGCGUAUGACCUUGGGCAUUGAUGCCUUGGAGCUGAGUCUCAAGGACUUUAGGGAAAUGAUCGAGAGGAGAGUGCAAAUGAUAGCCGAGGCAUUGCAAAGGUAUAUGGAGAUGACCAAUGAUGAUUGUGCUGCGGCCGCUGGAAGGGUUAAGGUCAUGCAGGACUUGGCCUGUCUGGCCUGCGACACCACCUGUGUGAUGCGCACAGUGGAACGAUCAAAGGUGCCAUCCUUGCCGAAUGCCAAGGGUUCCGCUGGCCUUGGUCCCAUUGUCACCUACGAACUGGGCCAGAUCCGCAAGUCCGGCAUCAUGGGAUACUAUCGCAAGGACGAGUUCCCGCAUUCGACAAGUGCCUGGACCAAAGGCGUUCCCAUGGUCAAGUGCACUCCGCGGCAUGCUGGCGGAAGUCACACCACCCACACCGCCGAUGAACACAUGCAGAAGGUCGUGCUCUCCAAGAAAAACACUGGGUGGAUAUAAUUUCAUAUAUCCAAAAAUUAAAGACAGUAUUUAUUUCAUUGUUACACAUAAUAAUUUGACAAAAUUUAAGACGAUGGAGUGUUAUGCAAAAAAAAAAGUAUAAUCAAUGCAGAAAAAUUUAACUUAUGCUUUUGACGGAUAAAAAUAUAUAACUGGGUGCUAAAGUGGUUAAGAAUUCCAUUUAUGCUAUCAGCAUGGUUUAUAUCUUUAAUUAGUGAAACAAUUAUUAACCAAGUCGCAAAGUCAAAGCAAUCAAUAUUGAAAAAUUAUUUUCUAAAGCUGAUUUUAUUUUAAUAAAUCCACUUUAAUUAUAAA